GCAGCGGACAUCAAGAUAAGAGCUAGUGAAUUAAAGACCAAACCAACGGCGCUGUGUGUGAUAAUGUCUCUGUAUCGCAAUUCCGCAUGGUUCUUUAAAGGACUUCUCGAAUUUACCAGAGGAGCAUUUAAUUCCAUAUCCAGACACUUUGCAGAAAAAGAUGUAGAAGUAUCUGUGGCAGGCCGAUCAUUCAUGAUUACUGGAGCCAGCAGUGGCAUUGGCAAAGCAACAGCCAUAGCCAUUGCAAAAAAAGGUGGUACUAUCCAUAUGCUCUGCAGAAAUAAGGACAAGGCAGAGGAAGCCAGAGCUGAAAUUGUUAAAGAGUCUGGAAACAAAGAAGUGUAUGUGCACAUUCUGGACCUGUCUGAGACGAGAAAGGUGUGGGAGUUUGCAGAGGCAUUCAAAAAAAAAUACAAAAAUCUUAAUGUACUGAUCAAUAAUGCAGGAUGUAUAAUGGCUAAGAGAGAGGUGAAUGCAGAGGGCCUGGAGAAGAGCUUUGCCAGCAAUUCACUUGCUAUGUAUGUCCUCAUAAAAAGCCUCAUUCCUAUGUUGGAAAAGAGCCCUGACCCUAGAGUGAUAACAGUGACAUCAGGGGGGAUGCUGGUACAGAAAUUGCGCACAGGAAACCUGCAGUCCGAGAGAGGUAGAUAUGAUGGCACCAUGGUGUACGCCCAAAACAAGAGGCAGCAGGUGGUCAUGACAGAACAGUUUGCUAAAGCUAACACCAACAUCCACUUCUCAGUAAUGCAUCCUGGUUGGGUGGACACGCCAAUGAUUGCAAAUGCCAUGCCAGACUUUUACCACUCAAUGAAGGAGCGUUUACGAACUCCAGAACAGGGGGCAGACACUGUGGUGUGGCUUGCAGUGUCUGAGGCUGCUGUUACCAAGCCCAGUGGCAGAUUUUUUCAAGAUCGAAAAAUAGUAUCUGCCCAUUUGCCACUGGCCUGGACACACAGUUCCCAGCUGGAAGAUCAGAAGUUUAUGUCUGUCAUGGAAGAGAUAGCGAUGAGUUUCCAACCCCACUAAGCAAGAAUAGGCUUUCUUCACACUGAAGUGCACCUCUACUUAUGUAAUGAUUAACUUGCCCACAAUUUUCGACUUUUUCUGAAACACAUGACUUGCAAAAUAAGAAAUGUAUACAAAUAAGAUCAGAGAAAUGUUGUAAUUAAAUAAAAGUUGUAAUAAUAAUAAAAGUUAUAAUUACUAACACCACCACACUUCCUAGUACAGUGUGGUUCAUUUUAGAAAAGCAAUUUCAUUACACAAACUAAUUAUACACGUUUUUAGUAAAAGAUCAUAGCAAGUGAUUUGUCUGCAAAACAUUAACAUAAGUGUCUAAUAAAAUUAAUCAGAAACAUCUAUAUUUCAUUUCACAUUAACAGUAAGUCUCUGUUGGUUCAUUUGUUGUCUGCAUUGUGUGCCAACCUAUUUUCUAAUUACAAAUUUUAGUUACUGAAAGUGUACUUUCACUUUGCUGUAUAAAUGACCAGGUGGGAACCUGCUCUUAUUACAGUCACUGUUGCAUCAUUCACUCCCUAAAUGUCAUCUUGUUGUUCUCUGGUGACUACUAUCAAAAAAAGUUCAGUCUGGAACAGCAGGACUGAGAAUGGAUGGAUUUUCAUGCUAACCUCUAACACUUUGAGAUAUAUAAGGUAUCAAAGUAUAAAAUAUAGAAAUAAUUUUGUUUGUUAUUAAUUAUGAUACAAAAAACUGUUUGAAUCAGUGCUGUGUAGAUGUGUUACUUAUGCUAAUAAAUGCUCAAGCUGUUUGUAUAAA